AUGCGCUCCGUAUCUGAAGCUGAAAAGCACUGGCGGCAGCUCGACGACUUCCACUCCCUGACUGACCUCAAGAUCCACGUAUCGGCGCACAAGGAACCCCAGAUCACCGCAGGACUCCGCUCCGUCUGCUGGAAGAUCUUUCUCGUCUUCAAGACGCUUGACCGUUCGUCAUGGCCUACCCAUCUCAGCCAUGCGCGCAAGACAUACGAGUCUCUGCGAUCGCACUACCUCCGCGCCAUACAUAACCCCGACGAAUUCGAGUCUUCCGUAGACCCAUUGAGCGAGCUCUCAGAGUCACCAUGGGUAGCCCUCCGCGCCGACGAAGAACUUCGCGCCGAGAUAUUCCAGGAUAUCGAACGAUGUAUGCCCGACAAUGUAUACUUCCGCCAGCCCGCGACGCAGACGAUGAUGUUGGACAUACUGUUCGUGUGGUGCAAGAUGCAUCCUGACAUAGGAUAUCGCCAAGGCAUGCACGAGAUACUUGCGCCGCUGCUGUGGGUUGUGGAAAGAGAUGCCAUAGACGUGGCCGGCCAGCAGACUGGCGCAAUGGACCACACUCUGGCCGAGAUGCUCGACUCCGGGUACAUUGAGCACGACACACAUAUGCUUUUCUCCAUCAUCAUGCAGACAGCCAAGUCUUUCUACGCGCCGGCCGAGACUGGAUCCAUAACCAAAGACACACCAAUGCUUGCGCGAAGUUCCAGGAUCUUUGAGGGCAGUCUCCCAAAGGUGGACCCAGAACUCUAUACUCAUCUCGUCAAGCUUGAGAUUGUGCCCCAGAUUUUCCUCCUACGCUGGAUACGCCUUCUCUUCGGACGAGAGUUCUCACUCGACGCCGUCUUCGACGUGUGGGACGCCCUGUUCGCCAUAGACUCCACGCUAGAGCUUGUCGAUAUGAUCUCAUUAGCCAUGUUGCUGCGCAUACGGUGGGAGUUGAUGGCAGCUGAUACAAAUGAAGCCUUUGCACUUCUCCUGCGAUACCCUGAACCCGCUGCACCGCCAUACACAUUCAUCAAAGACGCGCUAUAUCUCCGUGAUCACCUUACUCCACUCGGCGGGGCAGAGAUUAUCACACGAUAUGGUAAGCAGGCGCCUACUACUGAGCCUGUAUCAAUACCACCUGUCCGCGAACCAUCACCAUCUCCGUCAUUCGUCUCGAGUCGAACACGACACAGCAUCGGAUCGCCAAGAAGCUUUGUGACUCAGCAGGGCGCUGGUUUCGAGGCCUUGAUACAGGGUGCGGCGAAGAAUGUACUGGAUCGCGGAUCGCAGUGGGGUGUGGGGAAGGCUCUGCGAGAUGCAGUAGGUGAGGUAAGGAAGAAUGUUGAGGCUUAUCAGUCUGGAGCAACCUCUGGCCAAUCGACACCGCGUUCUGGAGGGAGGGAGUUCCGGAAGCCUGGUCAACUAGGCACCUCUAGUGCCAAUGGACGGCCAAGUCUGGAAAGGGUACACUCAGUGAACACAUUCAAGAAGAUGGAAGAGCUGGAUCGCAGGAAUAAAAGUCUCGCUAAAAUGUUGGAAGUUGCCGUCGGUGACCUGUGGGAGUAUCACAGAGAGCGCGACGAAGCACAAAAGGCGAAAGGUGACGAGAAAAGUAAAGAAGCUAUGGAGGCACUCAGCCUUGCCAUCGCGAAAGUGCAAUUCGUGCAAGUCUAUCUUGAAGACUCUUCUCUACCGCUUCCCAUCGACGAAGCAACGGAACAGGCAUCUACUGCACAGGCUGCGAUCAGCUUAUCUUCUCCGCCUCCUCAAUCCCCGGUAUCGCCGAAACAGGCACCGGUCGUACCACCCAUCUCUUUGAGUACGACAUCUCAGUCGAACACCCCGUCGACAACAGCUUCUAAAAACCCUUCUCCUAUUGUUUCCCGUCCAACCUCACCACCCGCGCGUACAUUGUCACCUCCGUCAAAGCUUGCCUCAACCCUCUCCCCACCGUCGCGACCACAUCUUACAUCCUCAAAUUUCUCUUGGAUGCUUGGUGAAGAUUCAGCGUCUUCCAACUUCGCCUCUGGUGCCGCCCAUUCCACUUUCUCAUCUGAUGAGAAGAGGCGCAUGAAGGGCAAAGGCUUCUUAUUCGGAGACGAUACGGAUGAUGAGGGUAGCAUCAAGGACGGGAAGAAAGGGAACUCUAACAGCAAAGGUGGAACGAAGAACGGCAAGAACGGCAAAGGAAAGCAUUCGGCUGAAAGCGAAGUAGAAGAGGAGGUGAUCGAUCUUGCCAAUAUGGGGAAAAGAGGGGUGAUCUGA